GCCUGAAAGAGCCAUGGCUGUGCCUCUGGAUGUCACAGAGGAGAUCAAAGGGCUGCUAGACCCUGCCUGCACAGUUGGUGUGCGUGUGAAGUUGGAGAGGAUCUUGCUGGCAUUGGAGAAGGCAGAUGGGACACAGCUUCACAUGACGCCAGAGAUCAAGGCUUUGGUGGAAUCUGGCUGGCAAUGGUCAAUCUUGAAAGCAGAGGCAGCUGUGUUGUUUCCAGACCUCCCAGCCGUUUGCUCCAUGGGCAUGAAUGCUCACAACAGCAACACCAUUUUGACCAAUGAGCUGGAGGCAAUGAUGGAGCUUGCUGCCCUACACAGAAAUGGUAUGAAGAUGACAGAGGCAGUGCAAGCUGUUUGCCAAAGCAGCCCUUCUUGCAAAGCAUACAUAGAUGACUGUGCACAGUUUAUGCGGCUUUACUCUGGAGGGGAAACCUUUCCCAUGCUACUCUGGUUGGACAAGUUCUGUAAAGCUUCUGGCCAUUCACUUUUGGUUGGUGAGGAAAACACCAACUUGCUUGCCCACUGCAAUUUCAGGUUGCCUGGAUGCCAGUUCAGCUUUCUUCGCAUUGCCCUAUUGGCCACUAUUCUCAGUUCAAAGCGCCAUCAAGAUGGUAUCUCUAAAUUGGUGUUCAAGUCAGAUUUUGACAAGCUGAAGGGCAAGAACACAACCUUGGCCGUUGAAGACCUUCUUUCCAAUGGCUGGAAGGAAUCCCAGAAGGUGGAAGACAAAGGUCUUGGUGAAAUGAGCUUUGGCAAGUUCUGUGUGCGUGUUGUCCUGCAUGCUUUGCAGAAAGAAAAGCACAGUAGGGAUGGGUUGCGCUUUGAGUCAUUUGAAGCUAUAGUGGAGCAGCUUUCAAAGGAGCUUGAGGGUGGCUCUUAUGUUGCAAGCUCAAGUGCUGCAGAUGCCAAAGGUGCUGAGUCUUUGAGAGUGAAGGAUUUGCUCAAAGCAAGUCCAGAUGAAGUUGCCAUGUUGCAGAACCACCACAUCACAGUUGGCAAGAACUACACACACAGAGACUACAAGGACCAGGUGUUCACCAUGGAGGGCAUCAAGGAUGGCUGUGGUGUCUUCAAGCAUGUUCCAUUGUUUGGAGAGGCUAUUGAAGUUGUUGCUAGCACUGAAGAGCUGAAGGAUUGGAAGAACACUAAGAAAGAAGCUUGCCAGCUUUGUCCCACAGAGGUUGUCAAAGCUCGACUUCCUGAGGCUUGCUCCUUUGUUUUGGAUGAGUGGGCUAAGAUGAACGCAAGCUUCUUGUUGGCAGAGGCUUCCAAAUUGAACAACAAGGCAAGUUUUGACAUGGUUGCCUUCACCAGCUUUCCCAAUGGCUUGAUGAGUGUGAAGAAGCUCAAAUCCAAAGAGCUGCAGAUCUACCCAGUUGGAUCAUUGGUGAAGAUCAAGGAACAAGAGAAAGCAGAUGAGCUCUUGGCCAAGGGUGUGGUCCUUGUGCGCUUCAAAGGCACAGCCUACCUGAUCCAGACCUUCAAGGCCUUCAACCCCUGCAAAAGUGAUGAUCCAGGAGUUGUUUGCCCAUACUUCUAUGUCAAGACCUCUGAAGGUGAGGAUGAGGUCAACAUGCAGGUGAGCUGGAAAGCCCACAGUGACCUGCAGAUUCCUGUCUUGGAAAACAGCAAGGCCAUUGACAAGCACACUUGGCUUCUCAAGGGAAAGGAUGUUUCCACUGCCCCUCCUGCAAAAAGACCCAAAAGGAGUCAUUGA